UUAAACGGGUUUAGUUAGAUUUCAAAAAGAAAAAGGGUUUGGUUAAAAUAUAUAAGGACAUAAUUGUAUGAAAUUGAAGUAGAGCGGACACAAACAGAAAAAUAGAAAAGUAUAGGGACUUAAAAAAAGCGUUUUGCCGGAAGAAAACGCAGAAGUGCCAAAUGGACACUACCUUUCCAACGAAAUCGGAACUUCAAAAUAAAAUUACAAAUUAAAAACUAAAUAAAAACAAAUAAAUAAAUAAAUAACAUAAUGCCACCUUCUUUCCAUGUAUAACGCCACAACCUCUUGAACCAGCGAAGCCGCAUAGCAUCAUCGUCCUCUUCUCAGAAUUGAUGAUCAUUUGAUCUCCGAUUUCUGAUGUUGCAAUCACUCGUAUUUACUUAAUAUAUAAAUAGAUUUUGGAAGAGCUGUACAGAAAGAAGAUAAAAAGAAAUGGCGGGAAACGACUGGAUAAACAGUUACCUAGAAGCGAUCCUAGACGUUGAUCCUGGAAUCGACGAGGCAAAAUCGUCGUUGUUAUUGAGGGAGAGAGGCCGUUUUAGUCCUACUCGUUACUUUGUUGAAGAGGUUAUUACUGGUUUUGAUGAGACUGACCUUCACCGUUCAUGGAUUCGAGCUGCCGCUAUGAGGAGCACACAGGAGAGGAAUACAAGGUUGGAAAAUAUGUGUUGGAGGAUUUGGAAUUUGGCUCGCAAGAAGAAACAGCUUGAAGGAGAGGAGGUUCAGCGUAAAGCUAAACGUAAUGUUGAACGCGAAAGAGGCCGGAGAGAAGCAACUGCUGAUAUGUCCGAAGAUUUAUCAGAAGGAGAGAAAGGAGAUGUGCAUGGUGGCAUUUCAGUUCAUGGUGAUAGUGUUAGAGGAAGAAUGCCUAGAAUAAGUUCUGUUGAUGUGAUGGAGAACUGGGCUAACCAGCAAAAGGGGAAAAAACUUUACAUUGUGUUGAUCAGUCUUCAUGGCUUGAUACGUGGUGAAAACAUGGAGCUCGGGCGUGAUUCUGAUACAGGUGGCCAGGUCAAGUAUGUAGUAGAACUUGCGAGGGCCUUAGGCAUGAUGCCAGGGGUUUAUCGGGUUGAUUUGCUAACAAGACAAGUAUCAUCUCCAGAUGUGGACUGGAGUUAUGCUGAACCAACAGAAAUGCUGAAUCCAAGAAACUCUGAGAAUUCUAUGCAGGAGCUUGGAGAAAGCAGUGGUGCCUACAUAAUUCGUAUACCAUUUGGUCCGAAGGAUAAAUAUAUAGAGAAAGAACUACUUUGGCCUUACCUUCCAGAAUUUGUGGACGGUGCACUUAACCAUAUUAUGCAGAUGUCUAAAGUUUUGGGAGAGCAUAUUGGCAGUGGAAAUGCAGUCUGGCCUGUUGCCAUCCAUGGGCAUUAUGCUGAUGCAGGGGACUCUGCUGCUCUUUUAUCUGGAGCUCUAAAUGUUCCUAUGAUUUUUACUGGGCACUCACUUGGACGAGAUAAACUUGAACAACUUUUGAAACAAGGACGGCAAUCAAGGGAAGAAAUAAAUACAACCUAUAAAAUAAUGCGGCGAAUAGAGGCAGAGGAGUUAACCCUUGAUGCUUCUGAGAUUAUUAUAACUAGCACUAAACAGGAGAUAGAAGAACAAUGGCGUCUAUAUGAUGGAUUUGAUCCUGUGCUAGAGCGGAAACUUAGAGCAAGAACCAAGAGGGGAGUGAGCUGUCAUGGCCGGUUUAUGCCUCGUAUGAUUGUAAUUCCUCCUGGAAUGGAAUUUCAUCAUAUUAUUCCUCAUGAUGGAGAUAUGGAUGGGGAAGAUGAGAAAAAUGAUGACAGUCCUGCUUCUCAUGAUCUGCCUAUUUGGUCAGAGAUAAUGCGUUUCUUUUCAAAUCCACGGAAGCCCAUGAUACUUGCUCUUGCCAGGCCAGACCCUAAAAAGAAUAUUACCACUUUAGUCAAAGCAUUUGGAGAAUGUCGCCCGCUAAGGGAGCUAGCUAACCUUACAUUAGUAAUGGGAAAUCGGGAUGACAUUGAUGAGAUGUCAAACACAAAUGCGUCUUAUCUUCUUUCCAUUAUUAAGCUUAUUGAUAAAUAUGAUUUGUAUGGCCAAGUAGCAUAUCCUAAACAUCACAAGCAGUCUGAUGUUCCUGAGAUUUAUCGUCUUGCAGCAAAAACAAAGGGUGUUUUCAUCAAUCCUGCUUUCAUUGAGCCAUUUGGGCUAACAUUGAUAGAGGCUGCAGCUUAUGGUUUGCCUAUUGUUGCUACAAAAAAUGGGGGUCCUGUUGAUAUUCAUCGGGUACUUGACAAUGGACUACUAGUUGAUCCGCACGACCAGCAGUCUGUUGCUGAUGCUCUUCUGAAGCUUGUGUCAGAUAAACAGCUUUGGGCAAGAUGCAGACAGAAUGGACUUAAAAAUAUUCACUCUUUCUCAUGGCCAGAACACUGUAAAACAUACUUGGCUAGAAUAGCCUGCUGCAGGCCUAGGCAGCCUCGGUGGCAGAGAAUUGAAGGUGGCUGUCAAAGUUCAGAACCCGAGUCACCUAGUGAUUCUUUGAGAGAUAUUCAAGAUUUAUCUCUGAACUUGAAGCUUUCAUUGGAUGGAGACAAAAAUGAAAGUGGAAAUCUCGAUGCUUCCUUAAAUAUUGAUGAUAAUGCUGCAGAUGGAAAGAUUAAAUUAGGCAGUAAUGUUCUGACAUUGGCAAAAGGUGCUAUAGGAGGGAUACAAAAAGAAUCAACUGAGAAAGUGGAUAACAAUACUGGCAAUAGCAAAUUCCCAACAUUGACGAGAAGGAAAUAUAUAUUUCUUAUUGCAGUAGAUGGUGAUGCAACUGUAGAUUUUCUUGAAACCAUUAAGAUAGUUGUUGAGAUGGCAAGGAAGGAAAAUUCUGCAGGGCUAAUAGGAUAUAUAUUGUCAACAGCCAUGACUAUAUCUGAGGUACACUCUCUUCUGGCAUCAGGAGGCUUGAGUGCACUGGAUUUUGAUGCAUUUAUCUGUAACAGUGGUAGUGAAGUCUAUUACCCAUCUUCAAGCACUGAGGGGGUUAUCGGGCUUCCGUUUGUAUUAGACUUGGAUUAUCAUUCACACAUUGAAUACCGCUGGGGUGGAGAAGGUCUGCGGAAGACUUUGGUUCGUUGGGUCGCUUCUGUCAAUGAUAAGAAGGGACAACAUGAACAAACGGUUGUUGAAGAUGAAUCAAGAUCAACUGUACAUUGCUAUGCAUUUAAAGUGAAUGAACAAUCAUCGAUUCUUCCAGUUAAAGAACUUCGAAAAUUGAUGAGAAUCCAGGCUCUUCGAUGCAAUGUUAUUUAUUGUGAGAACGGUACCAAGCUAAAUGUGAUACCUGUGUUGGCUUCUCGAUCCCAAGCUCUCAGGUAUCUGUAUGUUCGAUGGGGCAUAAACUUGUCGAAUGUUGUGGUUUUCGUGGGUGAAAGUGGAGAUACAGAUUAUGAAGGCUUACUAGGUGGACUACACAAGUCGGUGAUAUUGAAGGGAGUUGGCAGCAGUUCUGGUAAGCUUCAUGCUAAUAGAAGCUAUCUUCUAGAGGAUGUUAUACCAUUCAAUGGCCCCAACGUUGUGCAAAGCGAGGGAUACAAAGUAAAUAACAUAAAGGCAUCAUUGGUGAAGCUAGGCGUUUUCAAGGGCUAAAAGAUUGCAGCAUCCUUUUGUGGCUUAGGCUGCCUAAACUGAAACCCUACAGUCCUCUCAGAAAAACUUGUUUUUCCCUUGUUGACUUCUUGAAAGUUUUUGCACUGAGCAUCCCUUGUGCACAAUAAUUCCAUUUAACUCAGAACAACCUCCUCUUCUGUUUCUCUUGUUUAUUCUGUUCUCCCUGUUUUUCCAUUCGCAUUGUAACAUUGAAUGGAUUUCUGCGCAAGAAUUCUUUUACUUAAAAGUGCUAUUUUAAGUUCUUCGUUUCAA